CAGAAUCAACAUCAUUGCAUGUCAUCAACACUUGCUGGCUUGUGUGUCUUUCUGUCUGCCAGUCUGUUGUUGCCUAAAGAUAAUUUAAAAGGGUAGUGGCGAAAGGGCAAACAGGAAACGCAACAUAAACAUUUUUGCCCAGGCCAACAACAUCAACACUGUGGCCAACGACCACGAUGGCCAGUCUAAAGCGUUUGUACAAGAAGAGAUCACAGCAACACAUGCCAGGGGUAAUGUCAUCAGGAUGUAAUGGAGGAAUUAAAUUAAGCUCGAAAGAUUUAUGGGCCAUAUUCAAUGUAGUAAACGAUGUAAUAACGGAAGGAAAUCAAAGGAAAAUUGAAAAUUGUGUGCUUACAAAAAAAUCAAUUAUUGAAUAAUCAAUGGAAAUUUAUUUUAAAUAAGGAAAUCUCGAAAAAAACAAAAAACAAACGCAGUCAAUUGGCUUUUAUCUGCAUAUUCAAAUCUAUAACCCUAUGGUGUUGCUACAAAAUUUAUUCAAAUUCAAAUAAACCAAAAAUUUGCAUAACUUUAUAAUCCAAAGAGUUAACAAGGCCACCAAAAGAGUACCCCCCAACAAAAAGUACAAACAUUUAGUAUUUAGAGAAAAAAAAAAAACAACAUAAAAAAAUAAAGCCAAUCAGCAACAAAAUCCUUCCUCAACCUUACACCCAAAUACAGCUUCCACUUUCUUCCGCCCUACAUCCCCACAAACAUGUCCGAAUUCCGUUUCUUUGCCGUGACGGAUUUUGAAUACAGCUACAAUCGUUCACAGAAUUUGUUAAAUCUACCUUUUGCACCCUUCCAACCUACAAAGCGAACUUCUACAGAUGAAAUUUCUACCGAAUUGAAUGUACCCUAUGCCGUCUUUGAAAUUCUAGUGGCCAUAUGUGCGGUUAUUGGCAAUCUCAUGGUGAUUGUUGUCUUCCAGCGUGAACGAAAAUUGAGACGUCGAACCAAUUACUACAUUGUCUCACUGGCCAUAGCUGAUUUUCUUGUGGGUUCUUUGGGUGUUCCCUUUGCCAUAUUAGCUUCCAUAGGAUUACCGACAAAUCUACAUGCCUGCCUAUUUACCGUGUCUCUGUUGGUGGUAUUGUGCACCAUUUCCAUAUUUUGUUUGGUUGCCGUCUCCGUGGAUCGUUAUUGGGCCAUUUUGUAUCCCAUGGCCUAUUCGAGAAAUGUGCGAACGAGAACAGCCAUAGUCAUUAUAUCCAUGUGCUGGUUUGCCGGUACCAUAGUUGGAUUUCUUCCCCUCUUCGGCUGGCACGCAGCAGUGGAUUCUAAACAGGCCUGCCUCUUUGUCGAAGUCAUGGACUACAACUACUUAGUCUUCCUGUAUUUUGCCACAAUUAUAACACCGGCUCUGCUAAUGCUCGCCUUCUAUGCCCACAUCUACAAAGUCAUCAUCAAGCAGGUGCGACAAAUAGUCACAAUGAAUCCCAUGGGCGAUACCAGUCGCCGCAGUUCGACAGCUCACAUAACAAACACAAAUGGAAAUGGUCGUGCAGCGUGUCAUGGUGGUACCAUGCUUAGGGUAUUGGGAGCUGCACGAAAACGUGAUGUGAAAGCCACACAAAAUCUAUCGAUUAUUGUGCUCUUCUUCAUGAUCUGUUGGAUACCGCUGUACACCAUCAAUUGCAUCCAGGCAUUUUGUCCCACCUGUUUUAUACACCCCAAAUUGACGUUAUUCUGCAUUAUAUUGUCUCAUCUGAAUUCAGCGGUCAAUCCCAUACUGUAUGCGUAUCAUUUAAAAGAUUUUCGUUUGGCCAUGAAAAAUCUACUCCUAAGGCUAAUGGGCAUUGAGGUGGAGGUGACAUUGGAUGCUCACCAUCGUUAUUCGUUGGCCUCACAACAUCGUCUGCAAUCGAUGGAUGUUAGUUCGAGAAGUAAUGUGCAGACAAGGAUUUACAUAGAUUCUCCCAUAUGGCUACGCCAACAACAGCAGCAAUCAAUGAAAAACCAUCAAAUGGUGGCCAAAUGUGGUGUUGUUCAACCCUGCUUGAACAACAUCCACCAGACAGUGGCCGCUGUGGCUUCCGUCACCACCGAUAUCGAACGUGAUAUAUGGAAUAUACGCGAGGUGUCCAGCAAUGCUGAAAAAGGCGAGGUCAACUAUGUCUUCCCCGAUGACAAAGAUUCAGAGGCUCCCACACCACCACCGCGUAAUCGUCGUAAGGCACGCAAGAAAUCUGAGAGAGGUUGUGACAGUCCUUACUCCUACGAGAAUUGUACCUAUACCCCUAGUCCAGAGGAGGAUGACUUCGAGGAGGUUUUUCUACCCAGCAGACCUCAAGAUGUCAGUGGCAGUGCUGGUGGCGGUGGUGGGGUGGAUUCUAAGACUCUCAAUCAAAGUCUCAUAGCCUGUGCCAUGCGUGAAAAAUUGCGCUCCGACAUAGAUGAGAGACCGCCCAGUACUCCUUGUUCUCAAAGUGAUUAUGAAAUACCAAAGAAUGACUCGGACUCCCAUUCCAAUACCCCCAAUCAUCUUUCCCACAUGCUGGUUAGUCCAACUCAUACACCUCCCCUAACGCCAAAGCAAAUACAACAACUUAGGCAAAAGUAUGACAGAGGAUCCCUGGCGAAUCACUCGACUUCGAAUGGUGGCUUGAGCAACAACUCCAUCUUCAUCAUAGACAGCGAUUCCAAUUCUGCCUCGCCAGGGCACAAGCCAAAAUUUCGAAAGUCUGCCCAUGCCACCAAGAACCUCAACUUUCAUGGGAAAUCUUUAACACGAUCCUGUUCCUGCACCAGUGAUAACUCGGGUUCAGAAUCAUCCCAAAGAGAGCUCGAAGCGAGGAGUAAACAUUCCGACAGCAUUCAUUCGCUGAGCAAUCAAGUAACAACUUCCCGCGAAAAUCUGCCCUUACCAGCCGACAAUUCUCAUAAUAACAACAAUCUCAACUAUUACACAUUUCAUCAAACCACAACGGGGGAUACCCGUAAUCAUCAUUCACAAUCACACCAACAAAAUCACCAUUCUCACCCCCAUCGAAUACACUGCAACAGUCAUCAGGAGAAAUUUAGCCCUUUCAAGGUUAUGAGUAAUUUAAUAUUCCCUCCAAUUGUCAAACAUUCCAGCCUCUUUCAAUUGUUCCAAAGUAGCAGUAGUGCUGAGGUCUCCUCCCCAGCGGUAGCCAAGGUGACGCAAUCCCGAUCUUCAAGUCCCCUACAAAUGACUGAUAGUGUUAGAAACUGCAGUAGUGCGGCUCCUAGUAAUGAUGUUAAUGAAUCCACUGCCUCGGCAACAACGGAAGUGAUCGAUGUCUCCUCUCUGGAGGUGGCGACUAUACCACCCCUUCGGGCAGAUAGUUGAGUAAGGGCUUUAGAAGUUCUAAUUUAACAAUACUCAUAAUUUAAGUACCCAAAGUGUUGUCGAUGUUGAAAAGUAUUUCAAUCCAAAGCUAUAUUCUUUAAGUGUAGGCAUUAGGUAAGUGUAUGAAUGUCAAGUCUGCAAAGGCUAAGUGCAGGAUUCACUAAAGGCUAAAACAGAAGGAGCCCGUUGAAGAGUUUCGUGAUGAAAAAUUCACUUCUUCAAGUGUGGCAACACCGAAUGACACUCGCUUUCAAGUGUCAAAGUUGAAAAUUGUUUAAUUUUUUCAUGUUGC